UCCUGGAAAGCGGAUCACUAGAGCAUUCUUAAACAUAUUUCAGGUCAGAAGGUCCACAAGUUUACACUCCCAUUUCUGGCCCCCCACAUGAUGUGUUCCCUCACUUUUCAGCUGGUGGAAACUUUUAUCCUCCUCCAGAGCUCAAUGCUUGCCCAGGUUCAUUCUAAUCAAUACAACAGGCAUGGUAUCCAUGUAGUUGAGGGUGGUUUACUUGAUCAAACAAUGAGCACGGGAAGAGGGCCAUUCAAAAGAAAAGGCACUGGUGUUUCUACAUCGCGGGAAAGAGGCGGCACCAGCGGUAUCUACAGUGCAGGAAGUACCUCCAAUUCUUUUGAACUUCACCAUGAGAAACCAACUUCAGAUUAUAGAAAUAACUUUGACCCUUCUGGUUUACCUCCCUACAUGAGUAGCAGCCUGUCAAUUGGGUGUGAAGAUUCUCCAAGGAAUGUGAGAAGCAGGUCUCGACUUGAUUUGGAGCCCAACCUAAGGAGAACUCAUUUAUUAAGUUACUCGUCCCAUCCUUUUUCUUCAACAUCUCAUCUCCGAAACCAUCCUGGGCCGGUGGAUGCUUCUAACUUAAAUGCUUCUAACUUAAAUGCUGAUAUAACUGCUUAUGAGCAACCAUAUUGGUAUUCCUCCUCCUGCACAUGGGAGGUUUCAUACUUAAGCAUUAAUCCUACGGAUAUUCACUGGUACAACCAUGAAUCCAUCAUAAGCAGAAAUCCUGCUGCACCACCACGAUAUCUUCACGGCUUUCAUGCCCAGGCUUCUAGGGAGGGGCAGAAUAGUUAUCCUCGACGAGCUAUACCUACAUGUCGGGCUGAUAUAAGCUGCUCUCAUUUCGGACAAGAAACAACUGCUAUUGAAAAUGGUCAGCAUUUUCUUUCAGAAACCCAUAAUUCCAGAUAUCCGAGGCCACUUUCUUCUGGAGGUUGGCACAGCAAUCAAAGAGAAGGAAGGCCAAGGAUAUCUAUUGAGAGAUUCCAAUCACUUUCUAAUGUGGUGGGUGCACAUGACAGAAUGGGAUCUGAGGCUCUCAUGAUGUUAGAUCACCCAUAUUUAUAUGGCUCCAUAAAUUUAUUUGAUCAAUACGGGGACAUGAGACUGGAUGUUGACAGCAUGAGUUAUGAGGAACUACUUGCUUUAGGAGAAAGGAUAGGGAAUGUCAACACAGGAUUGCCUGAAGAUGUGUUUUCAAAGUGCUUGAUGGAGACAAUAAGCCUUUCUUCCGACAAAGGCGAGGAGGAAACAUCCUGUGCUAUCUGCCUUGCAUACAUCUGGAAAUAUAAAUCAGAGGGCAGGAUUCUGGGUGAAUUAACAGGAUGCCCGUGUGAGCUAAUUUGUUUCUGCAGCUUAGCAUUGCAAUUAUUGUUUUCAAAAUUUCAGACUGAAAGUCGGCAAGAAGAAUACAGGAGCGUGGACAAAGUGGGCACAAUAAAGAACUGUGGGCGUGUUGACUGCAUCAAGAAGUGGUUGUCAAUGAAGAAUAUGUGCCCCAUCUGCAAAGCACCUGCUGUUGCUGAUAGUUCGAAUGAGCAAAAGCAGACCUAUGCUCCCUUGUGAGCAUGGUUUUAUAUCACGGUCAUGGUCAUGCAUUGCACGCGCUGUCUUUGCAGGUGUCGAAUAUCAGUCGUCGUUGUUACUAUGAAUGACCAGUAA